UCAAAGAGACAUCAGAUCCCAUUAGUAUACCCUUCACCGACAAUUUCCCCAAAACCCCCACCUGAGAAAGCCCUCCUCCGAAAAUCAACUAUCUAGAGGUUAGAUCUCAUGGCGGCAGGUCCGGGGAGAUCCAUGCUCUACUCUCUUCUUCUCUUCAUCAUCAUCCUCUCUCUCAUGGAGAUGUACAGAGGCAAGUUAGCAUCUUCUGAGCUGCUGACAAUUUUCGGUGGAUUUAUCAGCUCCCUCUUGUUCGUUGUGUUGCUGACGUUCAUUGGCAACUAUCAGGAGUCGUCUGGCGCUAGAACAGGAUGGGGUGCUGUGUUACUUGCUGAAUCCGUUGCUCUCAUUGCUGCUGCUACAGUUCAUCGUGUUUGUAUCACUACAUGUUUCAUAUUUUCAGCUGGAUUUCUCUACGAAAUUAACAAGCUUUCAGCACUGAUGCUUGCGAAGGGUGAUACAAAAGUGAAACGGUACUAAGGAGAAACGUCCUCAUGGCCUAUGCAUACAAGGAAUCAUUUUACUGCUCCUUAGUCUACAGCAGGAUGUUGAAGUUUUUAUGAGUUGAUAUCUGUUAUUGCCAAGCAUCUCCUUGUGAUCUUUGUACUCAUAAUUUUGUAGAAGCAAAAGCUUGAGAAUAUUAUCCCCAUAGAAGAAACACCGAGAGUAUUUUCCUUGUUAUCAUUUAUGAUGGCGAAAUGGAUGUAUUUGGUCAAAUUGCCUAAUCUGAAUUUUCAAGUUGCAAUUGCUAGGUUGAAUGGGAAUUUCGUGGUGCUAA